AUGGCUGGUAACGUACCACCGCCGCCUGCUUUUUUGCCGAGUCCGGGAGAGCCGACUAUGCCGUUCGAGAUGUGGAUGCGGAUGUUCAACAACUACUUGCUGGCUGCGUGCAAAACUUUGUCCAUAAGAUCUUCUGUUUCAGCUGAGCUUGAUCGCUUACUGAAUGCUGGUGUCAUCGAGAGGAUCGACGCAUCACCCUGGGUUUCACCAAUUGUUGUUACAGGACGCAAAACUGGUGGAAUACGGAUGUGUGCAGAUCUCCCCGCACUCCGGACCGCGCAGACGUCUGGCAACUGCAGGACAAUGUCAAGUAAAGCGACUUUGGCUUUGCUUAUCUAUGGAAUCUUAAUGCAUUACAGCGUUUACUGUUCACCAGUGGGGCUCAGCGAUCCCAGCUUUAGAUUUGACAGUGAGUUUUACGAUGAGGACGGGAACUCUUUGUCCCCGCUGGAGUUUGAGAGAGAAGAUGUAGAAGUGAGGAGUGCUCCAGACGUAGACGACGUGUUCUCUCUGUUUUACCCAGCACAAGAAAGAACGGAAAGGCAUGCAGACGGCAUGUUUAAUAAAGCCUACAGGAAAGCGCUGGGUCAGUUAUCAGCAAGAAAAUAUCUGCAUUCUCUGGUGGCAAAGCGUGUAGGCGUGGGGAAAACGUUCGACGACAGCGAGGAGCCUCUGUCCAAGAGGCAUUCUGACGGCAUCUUCACAGAUAGCUACAGCCGCUACCGAAAGCAAAUGGCUGUCAAGAAAUACCUGGCUGCUGUCCUCGGGAAAAGCCUUGAAGACAUAGGUUUUCAUCAUAUCCUUCAAGACAUAGACUUUGAUGCCCUCCCGGACGGGGAUGAGAUUGAGGCUAUUUUGGGAGACUGGCUGAAACAGUUUCCCCCCGUGUUGCCGGCGUUGUGA